AGGUCGUGUCCCUGUUGCUGUCCCCUGGCUGCCGGCGCUGGUCCCUCGGGCCACUUCAGGGGGCGGAGGGGGAACUAAGUGAUCUGCAGCGAGAUCCACCGGCCCACUGUUCUGCCGGACCUGUUGGAGAUGACUUGUUUCACUGGCAAGCAACAAUUAUGGGACCUGUAAAUUUGUACAGGUCACAAAGAUGUUGUGUGUUUUAAAACUCCCUGAUGUCAUCAUGAUCAACUGAAUUAUGUUGGAAAAUCCUACUCUUUGCAUCUGCAAAGAGGUACCACUUCUUAAGCCCGAUAGCGCAUAUCAAGGGGGAGUAUUUUUUCUCACAGUACACUUUCCAACAGACUAUCCUUUUAAGCCACCAAAGAUUGCUUUUACAACAAAAAUAUACCACCCAAACAUAAACAGUAAUGGGAGUAUUUGUCUUGAUAUCCUGAGAUCACAAUGGUCACCAGCUCUGACUGUAUCUAAAGUUCUGUUGUCCAUAUGCUCCUUACUUUGUGAUCCUAAUCCAGAUGAUCCAUUAGUACCAGAUAUUGCACAGAUCUACAAGUCAGACAAGGAAAAAUACAACAGACAUGCAAGAGAAUGGACUCAGAAAUAUGCAAUGUAAACAUCUGAAGACUUUUUCAUAUACCAGAGUACUGUAAAUUCUAGGAUUUUUUCAAAAUUAGAAGGAAAUGGAGCACAGUUUACUGUUUCAACAUAUCAUGAUGCGCCUUGAAUUUUUUUCAACCAUCUAAGUGUGUUUCUGGAGCAAGGGAGAACCAACUUCCAAAAAUAACUUUUUGACUGUGAUCAGAAUAUUUAUCCUCUUUGUAUGCUUUGCAGAAGACAUUUAAUAUGGUUUUUAAGAGUUGGGCAUCUGCAUCUUCAGACUACAAGUUCCAUAGUGCAGUUGUAAAGCAACCAAAUUAUUUUUGCUGGAAAAAAGUAGCUGGUUUUAUGUGAUGAAUACUGUAUGUGUGUCCUUAAAGUAAGCUGUCUGUUUCGUGUGUUCGAAUUUCAUUUUGUUAACUUACUUAUGGUAAUUUGUUAUUUUUUUUUAUUGUAUAGACUAAAUAUUUUAUUUACCAUGUAAGUUGUUUCAUUUUAGACUUACUAGCUUGUGCACAGUAUUGACAAGAUACAACUGCUAGUAAUGAAAAUAAUUGGAGUAUCCCACCUCUUAGGAUAUUCUAAAGACUGACUGCAGAUUUCUUAAAAUUAUCUUUGCACUGUAAUUCUUUAUAUGCUCAUUAUGGAGAAACACCUGGUUUUGAUUCUGUUGCAUACUUGAUUUUAUUGCAAUGUGAACUAAUUGCACUGCUAUGUAGAAAGAUAUGUAACCGUUUUGUUGCUAUUCACAACCAAUUUUUGACAUGGGCAACAUAACACUACCACAGACCUUUUACAAAUCUAAAUAUAGCCUUUUCCAUAUAAAUAAAAUGCCUUUUCUACUA